GUUUGAACUAAACCACUAACUUAGGAAAAACUCAACUUGUUCCUGGUUGGACUUUAUUUGCCCUUUUACUCUUCAGGCACGUGCCUUGUUCUCCUUACCGACAGGAUUGAAAAGUUGGUAGGUGCGACGAAAAUAUAUCAAUGUUCUAAGCUUGGCCGUCAGAACAAAAAAAAAAAAAAAGAAAAAAUCACCAGAGAUUUUAAUUUAAGUACUCUGCUUCUGAAUAAACUUGCCGAAUAAGAGAAGGGAAUACCGGAACUCAAAGCUAAACUAUAGAUGAAAACAGGGAUCUGAUGGGAUAUGAAAAUCUUCAAAGCGCAACCAUAUAAUUAUUAUAAUCCUAUUUUUUUUUCUGAUAACAUCUAUGAUCAUAGCCUUAAGCUUUGUCUGGUUUCCCAAAGAUUUUCCUGCUUGAAAAGGUCUCUUUUACCCUCACGUAUAUUUUUGUUGCUAACUAGUCAUUUUUCUUGGCCUCUGAUUAGGUUAAUUCUGACAUUUACCAGUCACCAAAAUGUAAACACAUAGAAAAUGGUCCCAGCCAAACCAUAAAAAUUAUCAAAAUUUUACUCAUUUGGACUAACAUUGUAGAAAAGUUGGAACAAAUGCACCAAAAAGAAUGAAGUUAGAGCAAAGCACCUAACUAUGGAUUAAAUUAAAAACACGAGGGGGAGGGAAAAAGAUGGCGCCCAAAUUUCGCGGUUUCUUGAAUUGGUCGCAUAUGAGUGGAUCCAACUAAUAAUCCAUCAAAACAAUCCAAGCAAUCAACCAACCUCAGCAUUCCUAUUUUUAAGGGAUAUCCUUUUCUGGGUUGACCCUUUCUCAAUGGUUUUUUAUACUCUUGAGUUUCCACCCCGAAGUUGUCUCUCUUCAUUUGCCUUUUGAGAUCCAUUCCUUAUUCCAUUAUUCCUUGAUUCAUUCAGGAAGACAUCUAUGAAACUAUGAGUGCGGGUUUAAAGAAAUCUUCUUCAAAUGGCUGUGAGAAGUCUCUAACAUGUGAAGAGCAGCUGGCAAAGAUUAGUGAAAUAAGAAGGUUGAUAGAGCCAUUGCCUGAGAAGUUGGCCAUUUAUUGUUCUGAUUCAGCCAUAGCUAGAUAUUUAAGGGCACGAAACUGGAAUGUCAAGAAGGCAACUAAAAUGCUGAAAGAAACCUUAAAAUGGAGAGCAGAAUACAAACCAGAAGAGAUUCGCUGGGAAGAGGUUGCUCAUGAAGCAGAGACAGGGAAGAUCUACAGAUCAAAUUAUAUAGACAAGCAUGGGAGAACAGUUCUUGUCAUGAGACCUGGUUGCCAGAACUCAAAAUCAACAAAAGGACAGAUUAGGUAUUUGGUUUAUUGCAUGGAGAAUGCAAUUUUAAAUCUUCCAUCAGACCAGGAACAGAUGGUCUGGUUGAUCGAUUUCAAUGGCUUCAACAUGUCACAUAUAUCAGUGAAGUUGACACGGGAAACAGCACAUGUGUUACAAGACCAUUAUCCAGAGCGACUGGGCAUGGCAAUAUUAUAUAACGCACCCAAGUUCUUCGAACCAUUCUGGACGGUGGUCAAACCAUUUCUAGAGCCCAGGACUCGAAACAAAGUAAAAUUUGUUUACUCUGAUGAUCUCAAUACCAAGAAAAUAAUGGAAGAUCUUUUUGAUAUAGAGAAGCUGGAGUCUGCAUUUGGUGGAAAUGAUGAUUCAGGUUUCAACAUCGUCAAGUAUGCCGAAAGGAUGAGGGAAGAUGACAAGAGGAUACCCGAAUUCUGGAAAAGGGUAAAUCCUCAAUCAGCAUCUCCACCACCACAACCCGUGCCAACAUCUCCCAUUGAUUUGAAUUCUAUCAAUCUAAGCUCUGAUUCUGAUGCUUCUGACAAUGGCAAGGUAGGCAGUUCCCCAAAUCAUGUUUCAGAUUCAGAGGGCCUCCCUCCCAAUAAAAGAGUAUUGGUUACUGAGGGCGGUGAAAAUAGCUCCAGGGAAAUUCAUUAGAGAUACAGAUACUCGAAGCUUGAGCCUGUCUUGGUUGAGGUAAUAAGGUAUAUGAUGAUCUGACUGUUUCACUAUUUUAGUUCGAAAUAUAAGUCAAGCAGAGCUCUUCUUAAUUUGUAUCAUUGACGUUUUAAACUUCUGUUGAAUGGAUUUCUUCCUUCAAUAAGAGCUUUUUUUGUCCUUUUCAAGUUUACUCAGUUGAUUUUCAUUAACUGAUUUAGCCGAAAAGUUUUUGCAACAUAGGCUAAGAACUUAAUGUUUAGACAUUUGAUAAAAGUUGUACUUCAAAUGUGGAUGCAAUAAUGCACUUGAUUUUCAAUAAAGCUAGAAAUCUGGAAUUAUUUAGUAGAAUAUAACAUCAGUGAAAAGUAUAAUAUCUAGAUUUAAAAUAAUCAACUAUUUCAAAUGAUCUUGUUGUAA